UAUCUUAGCCAUGUAAUAGACUGAUUGUUAUUACGACAGUUCCGACGCUCCAUUAUUUUCGCCGCCACUGAACGGUGGGGCUGGCGACGGUAUCGGUAGUUUCCGACGGAACUGAACUGGGCCGCGGGGGAAAAUCAAUGGCUGUGAAUCCUUCAGUGGCGAGUUCAACUUCAUCUUGACGACAGUGGACGUGCUUCCUCCGCAGUUCGCUUCUUCUCUCUUGUUGCUGUCGAGUUCCAAUUGCACGAGAGAGAUUACCAAGGUUCCAACUUCCAGUGUUGAGAGCAGAAUGCGAACUGCAAAGGUUUGGAGAAGUUGUAUGGCAUAGUGCUUUGUGUUCUUUGAUUCCUAUAUCCUCUGCGCUCUCUUUUGAGAAACUUGGGAGAUAUUAGGAUAUUUCAUGAACUAGGUUUUCAGCAUUCUAUGGUUUUUAGCUUCAUUUUUCUGAGGGGAAGUUGUGUUUUUAGACGAGGUUUCCAUAAGGGUAAGAAGCUUUUAAGUCAAAGCACUGAGGAUAUCAUUUGUAAAGCAAUUUGUGUUAAUUUAAAACAGAGAAGAUGGAAGUUUUUAGAGCAAGUAUCACCUAGUCUCACGAGUUCGUUGAUCUGUCGUGUUGUUCGCGAGUUUCGUAGCUCUCCACAGUUAGCUUUAGAAUUCUACAACUGGGUUGAGGCGAGAGACAACUUUUCGCACUCAUUAGAAUCUUGUUGUACCUUAGUUCACGUGUUAGUCAAUUCCAGAAAUUUUAAUGAUGCCUUGUCUGUCAUGGAGAGUUUAAUGCUUAAAAAUGGUAAGCCGCCAUUGGAGGUUCUGGGAGGGUUGAUUGAUUGUUACAAAAUUUGUAAUUCAAAUCCUGCAGUCUUUGAUGCUCUGGUGAGGACUUGCACUCAGUUAGGGAGGCUGGAAGGUGCAUAUGACGUAAUAAAAAAGUUGAGAAAUGAAGGUUUUUGGGUUUCGAUUCAUGCUUGGAAUAACUUCUUAAAUCAACUUUUAAAGUUGGACGAGACUGAUAAGUUUUGGAACAUGUAUAAGGAAAUGGUUGCCAGUGGUUACAGUGAAAAUGUGAAUACUUUUAAUUUGAUUAUUUAUGCUUUAUGCAAGGAAUGCAAAUUACUAGAAGCAAUUUUUGUAGUUUAUUUGAUGCUGCAAAUUGAAAUUUGGCCUAAUGUUGUCACUUUUAAUAUGAUCAUUGAUAAAGCAAGUAAAAUGGGUGACAUGGGUCUUGCUCUAAAGCUAGCAAGGAACAUUGGGGUAAUUUCAGGAAGAAGUGUAUCACCUAAUAUAGUUACGUAUAAUUGUAUCAUUAAUGGAUUCUGCAAGAUAAGAAGGUUAGAGUCUGCAAAAAAUGUUCUUGGUGAAAUGAUUAAGCUGGGAAUAGAUUUCAAUGUGAGAACAUAUGCCAUUUUGAUUGACGGGUAUGCUAGAAAAGGGAGUUUGGAUGUGGCAUUUAGGUUGUGUGAUGAAAUGGUUCAAAUGGGCUUGAUUCCAGACACUGUUGUAUAUAACUCUAUCAUCUACUGGCUUUACAUGGAAGGAGAAUUAGAAGAAGCUUCGUUUUUAUUAUCUGACAUGAUUAAUAGGCAUGUCCUCCCGGAUGAGGUUACCUUCUCAAUCCUUACAAAGGGUCUUUGUCUAAAUGGACAUCUCAAUAAAGCUUUAAGAGUUCAUGACCACAUUCUCGGAAGAAACCUUGUAAAAGAUGCUUUUACUCAUAAUAUUCUCAUCAACUAUAUGUUACAGAGCCAAAAGGUAGCAGGUGCCAAGCAACUACUGAGCAGUAUGAUUGUUCGUGGUAUCAAACCUGACAUGGUUACUUAUGGCACUCUGGUUGAUGGGCAUUGUAAGGAAGGAAAAAUCGAAGCUGCAGUUAAGAUUUACGACAAAACAAUAAAGGCAGAUGGAAAAUGUGACUUGGUUAUAUAUAAUUCUAUUUUAGAUGGUUUGUGCAAGCAAGGUUCAAUCGAUGCUGCCAAACUCUUGGUAGACAAAUUACAGCAAAACGGUUUCCUCGAUACGGUUACCUAUAACACAUUACUACACGGAUACUGCAUCAAUGGGAAGGUUGAGAAGGCUUUUGCACUGUUUCUAGAGAUGAUUAACGUGGGGAGUUUGGUGAACAUAGUUACUUACAACAUAAUGAUUAACUUUCUGUGCAAGAUGGGAUUGAUUCAUCAAGCCAUGGAACUGAUGAGAGCAAUGAUUAGCCAGGGGAUAGUUCCUGACCUUAUAACAUACACGACUCUCAUCACCAAUUUUGUUAAGAGUUGUGGCUCUGAAGAUGUAAUUGAGUUACAUGAUUAUAUGGUACUUAAAGGAGCCGUUCCUGAUAGGCAAACAUACCAGUCUCUUGUGAGCCCCUGCCUUCAAGAAAACGUUGAAGGGUAGCCGCAUAGCACAACUGGCACAUACCUUCAGAUUGCAGGAGUAGGAUGAAGGAUUCCAGCAAAGACGUCUCACAUUCUCAAUCGAACAGGAAAUUUUACAUUUGCUGCUCCAGUAUUGUAUCAUAUAACCAAUGCAAGUGUUUUACCCCUAAUUUUUUUCUUAUAAUUUUUUGUUGAAAUAGGUAGUCUUAUCCAAUGUUGUUAAAUCGAUCAAAUGUAAGCUAUUACUUGUAAAUUUAAUUUUGGCACUUGUAAAUUCUUGUCUUUUCAAGUAGUAAAUUUACAUUUCUGGUUCUAAUUAUUCAA